AUGGACUUUACAGGUUAAUUUAGACUUGAUGAAGAUUCAUUAAAUUUUAAUGUAUUUUAGACACCUGUAAAGGAUGCAAUUUAAGGUAAAAAAAUUUAAAAACAAAUUUAUGAAUUAAUUCAAUUAAUCCAUAUAUUAACGCGCACUUAUUUUGGCGCUUAUAUUAUAAUUUGGUGGCAAUAUUAUUUAUUUUAGAUUUUGAAGGCCCUUGUGAUUCUAAAGCAAAUACUAAUAAAAAAUUGUUUGUUUAGAAUGAACCUUUUGAAAUCAGCAAAAUCUAAUUUGAUUCUUCAAAAUAAACAAAAAAAUGGAGUCUCAAAUAUAUUAGUAAUAGAGUUGAAAAAGAACUAUAAAAUUAAACAGUUGGAUAUUAAGAAAUAUGCAAAAAGCUAACAGAAGAAAUGAG